CGUAGUGCCGUAAAGUGGUAUAAGAAUAAAUUUGUGUUUUCGAACUGCGACCGGUAACGGUUAACGCCACAAGUCUUAUCAUCGUUAGCCGGUUGCGUAAGAGUGAAACGAUCUCUGAUAAUGACCAAUCCUUUCUCCCAACAGAAAUUUAGCCGAUAUUUAUAGAUGUCAAGCUCAGUAUUCUUUUCAGGUUUCUUCUAGACCAGAAAACAAGGCUUGAUAAAGCUUUAAACGGUUGAUUUUUUAUCUUGAAUUACUCGUGUUCUCGCAAAAAGUGCAUAGAAGCGCGUUUUUGAAAGAAUAGGGAACUGAAGUGUGGGCAGGAACGGCCGAAAUCCAUCAGUUUUCUCAUUUCUUCCAAUAUCGUUUUCAUAAUCCGGAUUUUGCGUCGAAAAUGACAUCACAGGAAGGCCAUUUAUCUGCCGGAGCGGAUGCAGGACCGCGCGAUGUCAGCAGCCGGUCAUUCUGCGCGGGCGACGUUAUUAUGUUAUGUGAGCCGUGGGUCUGGGGAUUCGACCACAAAGCCUAUGCGCAGCACUGUGCGCACUGUUUUCAGGAGAAGGAAGGACUGGCGACAUGCUCGGGUUGCCACCUGCACCGCUACUGCAGCAAAGCAUGCCAGGCCUCUGACUGGAAAAGGGAGCACAAAUUGGAGUGUGCGAUGUUGAAAAAGCUUGGUGGUACAAUGGAAAUGCUCGGUCUCUCCACCGGCUCCAAUGAAUUUUCCGGGUCCCAACCCUUUGAUCUGGUGGCAAAGAUUGCAUGCAAAAUAAAGCGCAACGCCACAAUGAAUCUCGGUGACCUCGGGACGGUAUCCGCUGUCGACAUUCUGCGUAUGUUUCCCACUGACGCAGCAGCCCUCCACCGUCAAGAGUCAGCGAGCCAUCCCAUCAGCAAGGUGGAGUCUUUCCUGAGCCUCUCUCCUUCCGAAUUCUCCGAAUACUAUCAUAUAGCCGGCUACAACGCUCUGGCCAUGUUCGACAUCCUCGGCACGCAUCAUCCCUUUGCGCAUGCGCUGUAUCCUCAAGCACCUUUCCGGGCCAUGACGCCGGCAUGCUGGGAUGUCAAUGUGGUGUUAAACUUCGUGGGCCGCCGUCUAGUUAUCCAUGCCACUCAGGAUAUUCCCAACUAUACGGGACUUCACGAUCUUCGCCACAAUAAACUUACGCGUGAUGCGUUUUUGCUUCCACGAAUGGAACGCCGCCAUGUGUUCCAAGUGCUGUAUGGUCGUCCAUGCAACUGUCGAAAAUGCACAAAAGAAUACGAUGCAGAAAUUAAUCCACUGAAGUGUGUGACACCUGAAUGCCGGCAACCCAUUCCUAGCGACAGUCGUGCACUGGCGCCGUGUCCGCAGUGUGGUGCCGGCAACAGUGACCAGUUGGUCAAGUUUAUGCGGUUCAUGGAAGAAUGCCAAGCGGUAUGGCAGAGCGGUCUUUGUGAAACGGAUCAGUUGAAGGAAAACCUAAAAAUUCAUAUCAACAUGAAUGCGGGAACCUUCCUCCAUCCGGACGCGCAUAUUCGCUACGUUUACGGAUUUAACCGCUACAAGAAAUAUUUCGAGGAGGGUCGUUUUGAUGAUGGCUGGAAGAUUGCCCAGGAGAUGAUCACCUGCUUAAAAAAAGUGUAUUCCGUGUACGAUAUUACCUUCGCUCCCCUGUUGGCCACCACAGCCAUCCAUUCGAUGGAGGCGUUGCACAAGGAAAUCCUGAAGACAGUACCUUUUGCCAAACCGGCGGAACAAGAACGGCUGAAGUCCGUAGCGGCCGCCGCCUGCCCCAUUGCGCGUAGUUACUGUCAAGACGCCGAAGAUAUCUACACCAGGGUCCUUGGCCCGGAUUCAGCUGGAGCGGAAGUCGGCCGGAAGCUGUCGGCUGUUGUGCAACAGUCCAUUUGCAACAUCGAAAGGGCCCUUGACGCAGAUUACAGUAAACCGUUUGUUUAUGCUUGUUAUUAGGUGAUUUGUCAUAAAGCAGACUAUCUCUUUGUCUGCCUCAAUGGGUUAAUGAACAGUGGGAGUAGUUGUUUGCUUCCAUGUACCAUAGUUUAAAUUUAAGUUUUGUUUGCAAAGUACUAGAUUAGUGCAAUGUUUUGUCGAUCGACAAUGAUUAUGUUCAUAAACGGGUUAGACUGGGGAGAGCGAAAAACUGAAUUCAUGGAGUUCAAAAUUUAAUUUGUGCAAUAGCUCAUUCGGAUAAACGUUAACGCUUAAAC